AUAGAAUUGAACAAUAAGUUAAAUCUUAAACUAAAACUAUUUUUGCACUUUAUACUAUAAAAUAAAUGUGUACCAACUAAUUAGUGAAGUGUUCAUUGGUCGCCGAUGGAUGCCCCAGAAGAUUUUCAGCGACAACGCAACCAACUUCGUCGGCGCCGAUCGCAGGCUGCGCGAGCUGACAGAGGCGUUUCUGGCCCAGGCAACGGAACUGAAGGUAUUCGCCGCAGAAGAAGGGUUCAGCUUCACCUUUAUACCACCGCGGGCGCCGCACUUCGGCGGAUUAUGGGAGGCCGCGGUGAAGUCCGCCAAACAUCUCAUCGUUCGCGCAAUCGGCAACGUGCUCCUCACAGUAGAGGAGCUAUCAACACUGUUGGCCGAAGUGGAGGCAAUUCUCAAUUCUCGACCCCUAACACCUCUGAACCAGGACCCCAACGACGGCGAAGCGUUAACUCCAGCGCAUCUCUUAAUAGGGUGCUCCCUGCGAUCACUCCCACCAGCACAGGUAGCAAUGGACCCAAUUCAUUGUUGCGAGAGAUGGCAACUUGUUUGCUGUCUCAAGCAACAGUUUUGGCGACAGUGGUCCAAAACAUACCUGACGGGUCUUCAGGAGCGCACCAAAUGGUUACACCCGAAACGGAAUCUGCAGCCCGGCGACCUCGUCCUCGUACACGAAGACAACACACCACCGCAGCAGUGGGUAACAGGACGAGUCGUCGCAACCGUCGAAGGGCAAGACGGCAAGGUGCGAGUCGCAGACGUAACAACGAAGGCGGGCACAAUUAAGCGCCCCAUACAUAAACUCGCAUUACUGCCCAUGGAUAUUGAAGGAUCCUGAUCCUGUCAAGGCGGCCGGUGUUGCGCCAAGCGACAUCUUUGUAACUCUAAAACUAAAUAUAAGAAAAUGAAAUAUUAAAUUAUUAUAAUGAAAAAUGAAAUUGAAAUUAUAAAUAUUGAAUUGUACAAAAUAGCAUACUUACCUUAAUAAUACAUUUAUAUUACCUUCAUUUAUUACUUACCUUAAUUCAUCUUCUACAAUAUUUAACGAAAGAUAAUUACUUACCCCUUGUAUUUACAUUACCACUAGCUUAAGCCGUUAGUUUUAAGAUUUAGGCUAAGCAAUUCCAAGAAAGGAACAAAUGAAUUAUUGUAUUAAAAACCUAGA